AUGUGCCAUGAUCACUUCCAAGUCGAACUGGGCCCUCUGAUUAAUUUCAUCGUGGGUAAAAAUGGCAGUGGAAAAAGUGCUGUUCUCACGGCCAUAACUCUCUGUUUGGGGGGGAAGGCAUCAGCUACCAACCGUGGCCAGAGCCUCAAGAGUUUUGUCAAAGAAGGCAAAGAAUCCGCAACUAUAGUUGUUCGAAUCAAAAAUCAAGGCGACGGUUCUUACUUGCCUGAUGACUUUGGGAAAUCAAUCAUCGUGGAACGACAUUUUUCGAAAAGUGGUGCAAGUAGCUUUAGAAUCAAAGCAGAGAACGGGCGCAUUAUUUCGACCAGGAGAGCUGAACUCGACGCUAUCAUCGAUCAUUUUACGUUACAAUUCGAGAACCCCAUGAAUGUUCUAUCGCAAGACAUGGCUCGUCAGUUUCUUAGCUCCUCGAGUCCCGCUGAAAAGUACAAGUUUUUCGUGAAAGGUGUCCAACUGGAGCAACUUGAUCAGGAUUAUCGAUUAAUCGAAGAGUCCGGUGACCAAAUCGAGGAAAAGCUGCGAAGUAAAGAACAGGAUAUUUCUUCGUUGAAAAAUCGUCGAGAUGCAGCGCAAAAAAAAUUAGAGAUGUCGGACCAGCAAGAGUCGCUCAGAAACCGGGUUAGAAACCUCCGAAACCAAAACGCAUGGGCACAGGUCGAAGAACAGGAGAGGGUAUGGGACAUAACAAUUCUGCCUGGAACGGACAGGAAGAUAGCUGAGGCUGAAGCUGGGAUAGAAAGAUACGACGCAGCAAUUCGUGGAGCUGAGACCGAGCACGAAAUAGCAACCGAAUAUUCUAGGGGGGUGUCUAUGAAAGUUGCCAACGCUCAAGGUGAAAAGGGUGAUAUGCAGUCCAGGUUAGACGAAAAGAUGAACGAACGACAUGAUCUCCAGGCCGAGCAACGCCGAAUUCGAGAGCAUCUAAGGGAGACAGAAACAAGAGUCGGGGUUUUGCGACAAAAAAUUGAUCAAGAAACCCAGAGACUGGCCGACCUCCACGGUGGUGGCUAUUCCCGGAAUUGGGAAGAACUUGAGCAAGUCAAACAUGAUGUCAUUGAAGCUCGUACAAGGAGCGAUGAACAUCAGCAGAAUGUGAACCGAAUAUACGACGAAAUAAAAGUGGCCGAAGAACAGGAAAGGAUGGCAAAUCCACCAGUCGCACAAGCUAAGCGCGAUGUCAAGGAAGCAGAAUCCCUGUUGCAUAACCUUAACAGAGAAGGCGGAAGCAGAGAGUCAGGCUUUCCAGACGGGAUGCCAGCGCUUCUGAGAGCAAUCCAACAAGAGCAAGCAUUCAGCGAAAGGCCUGUAGGACCAGUUGGAAAUUUUGUGACACUUCUCAAACCAGAAUGGUCGUCAAUUUUAGAGAGCUCAUUUGGAGCGACCUUGAACAGUUUUAUUGUUACUUCAAAAAGAGACCAAACCGUCCUAUCUGGGAUCAUGCAACGAGUUAACUGUGGUGGGCGUUUAGAUACGUCGCAGCAUGAACCAGACCUCCGAUUCGAUACUGUGUUACGGAUCGAUAAUGAGCUUGUGCGAAGACAGAUGGUCAUCAAUCAUGGGAUAGAACAAAACCUUCUUAUUGAGAACCUUGAAGAAGCAUCUUCCGUGCUAUUUGAUGGUGAAAGACCGAGAAAUGUCAAGCGUUGCUAUUGUAUUAAUCAAACAGACAGAAGGCGGGGUAUUCAUUUAUCAUAUAGUCGGUCUGGUGAACCAAGCCAGGCUCCCGUUUCAGUUUACAAUGGCAACCCCAGGAUGAAAUCUGAUCAUGGCUCCCAAAUCAGAGUGCAGCGCGAUGUAGUUGCAAAUCUCAAACAGGUGCUAAGCAGUCGAGAGGAAGAACUACGCUCUACGCAGUCUCGCCUAAAUCGCUGUAGGCAGGCUCGCGAAAGGUACGAAAGAAGGAAAAAUGACCUUCGUGUUGAAUGUCAAAGGAAAGAAGACCGUGUUGAAGAGCUCGAGGAAGCGCUACAGAAAGAGAGUGGCGAAAAUAGUGAUCUUGAGGCACUCCAGGCAAAUCUUAGGGAUACUGACGAGGAACGACGUCUUAAUGAAGGCUCCCUCAAGGACUGUGCAGAUGCUAUGACUGAGAUGAUGCAAAAUUUGAAAGAAAUCAGGCAGCAAAUGUCGGCCAAGGAUGUCGAGAUUGCUCAGUUCAAAGAAGAGCUUCGGGUUGCCGAGAGCGAGCAGCAUUUGGUCGCAGACAAGCGACGCAAGAGAAUUGGUGAAAAAAACACCGCUAUCGAGAAUAUCGAGGACUUUCAUCGGGGCAGAUCCCGUCUCAAACAGAAAUUGGAAGAGUCUGAGGCUAGGGUGCACGAUUACUGCGAAAAGGCUAGUUUGGUUUCAGAGCGAGUUGAGAUCGACCGGGGUGAAACUGCUGCCAGCUUAGACGAAAAGCUAGAAAGGCUUCAUCAGGAUAUUACGCGAUAUAACCGAGAAUUGGGGGGCACUCGAGAUGAAAUCCGCGAAGAGGCAGAGAAGACAAACAAAGAUUACCAGCAGGCAUUAAGACAAAUUGAGGAGUUCCGCCUCCUUGUUGAUGUACUACACCUUUCAAUCUCAUCUACGUCAGCGGUUGUUACUAAUAACCAAAAUACACAGGUUCUCAAGUCCACCCUCAAGCACCGUAUAAAGCGUUGGCAUAACUUCAGGUCACAUAUUUCCUCUCGCGCGAAGGUUGAACCCGACAUCACCAAGGACAGCAGCGAAGGGCGUGGCGCCAGAACCUUAUCCGGCGGCGAAAAAUCCUUCUCGCAGGUCUGUCUUUUGCUAGCGCUUUGGGAGGCCAUGGGAUCACCUAUCCGCUGUUUAGAUGAAUUUGAUGUUUACAUGGACCAUAUUAACAGAAAGAUGGCGAUCGAUAUGCUCAUGCAUGCCGCCAGACGGUCGGUCGGACGCCAAUUUAUACUCAUUACACCCGGUUCAAGGACUGAGAUUAGUCUUUCGCCUGAUGUUAGAGUGAAAGAGUACGUAUCGGAUGCAAGUUCAGAUCCGAAAUGGAAGGACCAACUGAAACUACCAGCAAAGGAUGGCAGACCACAAACUGAGGAUGUGACCGCUACCAAGGGCCUAGAGUUCGAAGACUUUUACAUCAAACGCGAACUUAUGAUGGGCAUUUUCGAGGCUGGAUUCGAAAAGCCUUCGCCUAUUCAAGAAGAAACUAUUCCAGUAGCCCUUACUGGGAGAGAUAUUCUGGCCAGGGCAAAAAAUGGGACAGGAAAGACUGCCGCUUUUGUCAUCCCUACCCUUGAACGCAUCAAUCCUAAAAGCACGAAAACACAGGCCCUUAUUCUUGUCCCAACACGAGAACUUGCACUUCAAACAUCGCACGUCUGCAAAACCCUCGGGAAACAUCUCGGAAUCAACGUCAUGGUGACUACUGGAGGCACUGGUUUGAUGGAUGAUAUCAUCAGAUUAAACGAUGCCGUCCACAUUCUCGUGGGAACACCAGGAAGGGUGCUAGAUCUUGCAAGCAAGGGCGUCGCGGACUUGUCUGAAUGCCCUACCUUCGUUAUGGACGAAGCAGACAAACUGCUUUCUCCUGAAUUUACACCUGUGAUUGAGCAGCUCCUCUCAUUUCAUCCCAAAGACCGGCAAGUUAUGCUCUUCAGUGCCACAUUUCCAAUGAUUGUCAAGUCUUUCAAAAUCAACCAGUCCAUCAUUUUCUGCAAUUCGACUAACAGAGUGGAGCUACUCGCAAAGAAAAUAACUGAACUGGGCUAUUCAUGCUUCUAUUCACAUGCUCGCAUGCUCCAGCAACAUCGGAAUCGAGUUUUCCACGAUUUCAGAAAUGGUGUCUGCCGCAAUUUAGUAUGCUCAGAUUUAUUGACACGUGGAAUUGACAUUCAAGCUGUCAAUGUGGUCAUCAAUUUUGAUUUCCCUAAAAACGCCGAAACCUAUCUCCACCGCAUUGGCCGCUCCGGUCGUUUUGGACAUUUGGGUUUGGCAAUCAACCUUAUCAACUGGGAUGAUCGCUUCAACCUAUAUAAAAUUGAGCAAGAGUUAGGGACUGAAAUACAGCCAAUCCCACAGAACAUCGAUAAGAAGCUCUAUGUAUAUGAGUCUCCGGACACAAUUCCCCGGCCAAUCUCGAAUCCCCACCCACAAACCCAAGGAGCCAUCGCAACAACAAAUACAAACACCGGUGACCGUCGCCAUCAUCACCACCCCAACGGUGGACAUUAUCAACCCAGGGGGAGAGGCUCGUACCGCGGGGGCCGUGGACAAGGUCAACGUCGCAACUUGCAAAACGACGUGUCUAGGUUCAACCCUUCUCAGGGGCAUCCUACCGGAAAAUCACAGGCCCCAGCGCAGGUUUCCUAG